AUGGAUUUAAUGUCAGCGGGUGAAGAAAUUUGGCCACCGACUAUCAGCAGUAUUGCCUACCAGUGGUUUGGGGUGUUUUAAUUUGCAUUUACGUAGUUAGUUUUUGUGUUAGCCAGAAGUGGCUAGUACAGGCUACGCUUCGUUGGCUUCGUUGUUUACACGUUAACCAAAGGUAACGUAAGCUAGCUUGGUGUUUACUGACUGCAUUACCUGUCUACACGCUGUUUUCUUAUAGCUAGCUACAAGUCAACUAUAUAUAUGUUCGUGUACAAUGCAAACGGGCUCCCUGCAGUACACAGCAGUGCUUGUCAUCCGCGUACUUAACAGUGACGUUAACGUUAGCUUGGUUUUGACACCAUAGCUUCAGUAAGAUCACUAAAGCGCAGCACAGGUUGACAGUCAGGAGAUAUUAAACCACCAAGAGUUUUCGUUAUUGAAAAGCAAAUUGCUGCGAUACACGUCAGCUGGAAAUGGCGUGAGUUAGCUCUUUAGCAUGGCAGCAUCUCAUGGCAGUUUCUAGGUGUCAGGGCAGAGGAGUGUACAGUGGUAGCCACAUCGUCUGUCUCCUGCCUCUGGAGGCCAACCUCAGAAGAAAACGGCGGUGUCAAUCAGUCGCUGGCAUUAAAACAGUGUCAGCCAAACAAAGGGUAAUGGAGUCAGUGAGGAGCGCUUUCCAUGCUCAGCUGGCCACCGUCAUGGACUCGCUGCUUGCAGCCGCUGUGUGCGAGAUCGCCAAGAUCUUUGAGAGCAGCCUGUGUGAACAGCAGGCGGAGCUGGCGCAGAAAACCGAGGAGAUCUCCAUCCUCCGGUGCAAGCUGGAGAAAGUCGAGAGGAGGCAGAAGGCGAAGGGAGGAGGGAGCGAGGAAGGGGAGAUGUCAUCAGGAGACAGAGAGGGCAGCCUGAGACAACAGACCCUGACAGGAGCAGGACUGAAUGUGGGAAAGGAUGUAUCUUCUCAUUCAGACCCAGUAGAAGGAAACAGCCAAAGCCUCAGCAGACUGAAAGAGGAGGCCACGGGUCAGGAUGGAGCUUCAGUAAAGCACGAGCGUGCUGGAUCACGACCGGCCUUGUCUGUCACAGUGUUAGCCCCAGAGGGAAGUCUUGCUGCUGGGGGCCAGAGGCAGAUCGAUGCCUUGUCUACUACACAAGCCAAGACCAAAUUAUCUCAUUGGAAUCAGAGCAAUCGCAGUGCAGACCAGAGAUCCCUCCAGGAUCAAGCCUCUACACCUUUUCUCUCCAUCUCCCAGAGUGGACGCUGCUCCCCCAGGCCAGACCCAAGCUUAGCUCAACCAGGGGAGUGGUUACCGGGGUUGGACGCUACCCGAGGUGGGGUGUCUGGUCUGGAGAACUUGCAGGCAGAUGGCACCAGCUGCUCUGGUCAAGCUAGCGGCAGCACUGGCACAGACGCACCGUGCUUCCGACCUAGUUUUGGCUCAGACGAGACCAGUAAUGAGGAUGACGAUAGCUCUUUCCCUUUCCUGGACCAGGAGCCUGAGAACCAAAACUCCAAUCAGAACUCAGUCCAGGGUCAGGGCGUCGGGCAGAGGGGGGCUCGUCAGGAUCAACCCCAAGCCCCUACUGGUGAAUCACCAUGGAGACCCAGGGACGACAGAGCUGCUAGAGGUCCCAUCAAUCACACACGGCGAGUUGCAAAUUUCAGCAACAGAGACCCUCUCCGGCCUCAGUCUAAUUCACAGUCGCUCACUCUGCGACACACAAACACUCUUAGCCAUCCUCCAGCUCCAGGUGGAGGGAACGGACGACCUUACACUUGCCCAUACUGUACAAAGUGUUUUACUUACCCCUCCCACCAGCGCAGACACCUUUUACGCCAUACAGGAGUCAGACUUCAUCCCUGUCAGUUUUGUGACAAGAGCUUCCUCACUCCCUCUGAGCUCACUGUGCACACGCGCACACAUACAGGGGAAAGGCCUUUUGGCUGCGCUCAGUGUGGUAAACGUUUUGCCCGCAGCGGGAACCUAAGAGCCCACCAGCGGGACGUUCACAUGGGAAAGAGACCCUUUGCUUGCACAGAGUGUGGAAAGAGAUUUGCGCACAGGGGGAACCUGAGGGUGCACAACCACAGAGUCCACCAGGGAGAUCCUUACUACAUGGAUGAUCAGCAGGAGCCUGACAUAGGCCCCAAUCCCAUUUAAAAUUACUUAUAAUAAUGUAUGCUUCUGCACUUUUCAUUUUGUUCCAGGAUUGCCUAUUGUGUCUCACCUGAAGUUAUUAAUGAACACUUACUUUAAAGUAUUUAAAGUUUAGUUUUAUUUGGUUGUGCUUUAAAAUUUUAUUCAAGGCAACUGUAAAAUAACUACAUCCAAAUUUGUUCUAUAUAUCAGGGGUUAAAUUGGGCCGGAGCCCACCGGAGCUGAGUUUGGGUGUGCAGUGUUGAACAAAUUUUGAAACCCUAACAUAGCUUUAUUUUUAAAAAUCAAAAGAAUAAAAUAGAGUAGAAAAUACUU